UUUAGACAAAACAUUAUAUAUAUCACGUACUCUCAUUGUACAAUGAUCUUUUACUUAAUAAAUUUUUUUAUCUUACCUAUUGUUGGGUCUCUCUUAAGAGAGAAAUGAAAGAGGAACUUUUGGAGUUGGUACCCGCAGGUUUAUCUCCUCUUUGUUUCUCUUUCUCUCUCUUCUCUUUCUUUCUCUUUUUCUAUCCUCUUUCUCUCUCCUCUUCCACAGCGGCGAUGGGCUCCAGUGUUACUCUUUCUUCCUUUCUUAUUCUCUCCUUCCCUUUCUUAUUCUCUUCUUCCCUCUUUGUGGUCCCUCAUGAUCACUUUUUUCUUCAAUUUCUUGGUGGUCUCUCAAGUUCACCUAUCUUUUUUUUCUUAUUCACUUCUUCCCUCUUUGUGGCCCUCAUGAUCACUUUUUCCUUCUAUCUCCCGGUGGUCUCUCACGUUCACCCAUCUUUUUAUUCUUUUGGUUGUGCUACGUGUAUGAAAACGUUCUCCCCAUGCACCAUCGGUUCACGCGCUUUUCUUGAACACCUUCUCCCUAUGCACCAUCGGUUCACGCGCUUUUCUUUUUUUGGACGUCGUUUUAUUUAUUUAUUUUAUUUUUUAAGUUUUCAUGCAAGUUUUUUUGUUAUCAUGCAAGUUUUUUUUUUUUUUUCCUCCGCAACCUCACCUCACCUCUUUUUGGUAUACCCUCAUAUUUCCUUGUUCCUCUCACAAUCUAUGGUCCCGGGCAACCACCGUCUCCCUAAUCUCUCUUCUUAUGGCGUCUCGUGCGACCUCGAACCUAUCGCCGUGCGCCCCUUUCUCUCCACUCUAUCGCCGUGCACCCCUUUCCCUCCACGUUAUCGCCGUCCCCCCUUUCCUAACCCUAUUGCGGUGCCCUCCACCUUAUCGCGGUGCACGCCUUUCCUAACCCUAUUGCGAUGCGCCCCUUUCCUAAACCCAUCGCCGUGUUUCUCUCUUGACCUCACGCAGCACCCCCAUUCUUUUUCCUUCACCUCUUUCUGCAGCUACACAACAAACUACAGCCGUGACCUUCCUCAACCACGACACCACACUGCUGCCACGGCUCUCUCCUCAAUUAUCCCCCUCUCCACCAAAAAUCAGGCAGCAGCAACCAGAUACUUAACGACUCCUCUCCCUGUUCUUCACCCAUCUCCAUCUCUCUGCAGCCCUGCUAAUAACCCAUCUUCUUCGCCACAUCUCACCACCCUGACCAGCAGUUGAUCGCCUCUCUCUUUCUCGGCUUCCAUCUCCGCUCACCUGCAAUCAACCUCAGCCACCUUGUUGCAGCAGCCAGCCAGCCCAUCUUCGCCUCCUCUCCCACCUUUGCUGCCCUCUCCUUCUUCUUCUUUGUAGCCCCAUUCAGCCACCUAAUCUCUCCCGAAUUCCGCUACCUUGUUGCUGCUCUAAAACCAGCUGUUCCCUCCACUUCACCCGCCUGCAAUCAGGCUACAAACGACCUCCCUUUCAGCCCCUGUGUCCUACCUUUCUCAGCCCCUGUGCGCCAUCUUUCUCAGUCCCAUCUACACCACUCUCUUCUCUCGUCACCUGCACGGCAGCCAUUUCCGCCACCUCAAAGUGACCUCCGCCAUCUCCGCCACUAUUUCCGCCCCUCUCUCUUCUCUGCCCCCGUCACCUCCUCCACUCUGUUGCGUCCACCUUCAUCUCCGCUCUGCUGCAACUGACGUCCAACCGGCUGCAACCAGCAGCAGUUCUCACCUCACCCCCUCUUUGCUCCCUGCUGUCUCCACCUCUGUCCUCAACCACCUCCGCCUCUUGCAACCAGGCACCUUCGCCACCCCUCACGAUCAUCUCCUCCGAGCUCUUCGCAAAUUCGAGCAACCUUCCGCCUCUUCUCUCUCUCUAGAACGUCACAAAACAAGGCACCUACCUCCUUUCUUUCCAAUUUCGUUCCGUUUGUUUUUCGUCAAAGUUUCGUUCCCCCCCCUUUCGCGCUAUUUCGUCAAACCCUAACCCUCUCUCUUAACCAACACAGCGUCCUUUUUAACACCUCACGCCUUCUCAAACCCAAUGCUCUUGUCUCUCCCGAUUUUAACUAGCCCAUUUGUUAUUUUAUUAAAAUAUUCUUUCUCUCUCUUUUAACUAACACAUUUACUAGUUUUAUUUGAUUAAAAAAUUCUCUCCCUCACUCUCUUAGCUAACCCCUUGGUUUAGCUUUUAAGACAUUCUCUCUCAUUCUCUUAACCAACCCAGUUUUCUUUAUUUUAUUCCAUUUAACCUCACCCAUCCUAUUUACCUCACCUUAGUUUAGUUUAAUAUAU